UGUUGAGUAACAGAAACAACAUUUGCUUUGAGGUGUUGAAGAACGAAAAUACAUUUUAUUUUCCUCCUUUUCUCUUCAAUGCCACUUGCGAUGUUGGUGUUGUUGUUCCUGUUGCUUGCUUGUCUUUUUGAGUCUUAAUGUUCUGCUACAAUUGCAUUUAUUACUGUAUAAAUGUUCUCUUCAUCUUUUUUCUUUCCCUUCUAAUCUUGGUUGAAAUUGAUCGAUAAGGGCGUUUAUUAUUGCUUUCUUGUAUGUAUAUAUGUAUGUACUUCUGGUUUCUUGCUCAGUUUUCUUGUCCAGACAGACCACAGAUUUUGAUUGGCAGAGUAGUAGGGUUCAGUUUUUCCAACUAUUUCUCUUAUGUUCCCCUCCAUAGGCGUGAACUCCCAUCUGGGCUCUUGUUUAUUACGAAAGAAAGUCUUUAUUUUCUUUAAAAGCAGAUUCAUUUCUCUUGUACGUAGUAUUAAUUGUGAUGCUGGGACUAAGGAGAAGGAGAAGAAAGGGGGUUUUGGUUUCCUCCCCUGUUUUGGGUUUCCCAGGUUUCUUGAUCUGUUCUUCAGACUCAUUGGAAAAUUCGAUGGAGGAGGAAGGCGAGUUCCGGAGCUGGGAUGAACUAAUACCGGACGCGCUGGGGCUAAUCUUCAAGAACCUUUCUCUUCAAGAGACACUGACUGUGAUUCCAAGGGUUUGCAAAUCCUGGAACAGAGCAGUAAUGGGGCCUUACUGCUGGCAGGAGAUCGACAUUAAGGAGUGGAGCCUCCGCUGCCAACCUGAGCAGCUGGAUCGAAUGCUUAAAAUGUUGAUCAGAAGAAGCUGUGGUUCUCUCCGCAAGCUCUGUGUAUCCGGCCUCCCCAAUGAACCCAUUUUGUCCUUUAUCGCGGACCAUGCCGGCUCCCUUCAAACCUUGCAGCUGCCGAGAAGUGAAAUAAGUGAUUCAAUGGUGGAACAGGUAGCAGAUAGGCUGUCUACAAUUUCGUUUCUGGACCUCAGCUACUGUGGGAAGAUUGGUGCCCGUGCUCUGGAGGCGAUUGGGAAGCACUGUAAAUUGCUGGUGGGGUUGAGACGGGUCAUGCACCCAUUGGAGGUUGAAGACAGAUUCUCACAAGAUGACGAGGCCCAUGCCAUUGCCACUACAAUGCCCAAGCUCAAGCACCUUGAGAUGGCCUACCUUCUCAUCACUACAGAAGGUGUGCUUGAGAUCCUCUCAAACUGCCGGGAGCUUGAAUUCCUGGACAUCAGAGGGUGUUGGGAUGUGAAACUUGAUGAGAAAUUCCUCAAAGAAAAGUACUCAGGAUUGAAGGUUCUGGGACCCUUGAUCGUUGAUUGUUACGAGAGGACUUACUGGGAUGAUUGCUCGGAUUACUCAGACUCUUCUAGCUACUUGGACUGGGACUUUGUUGCUGGUGAACUGUAUGAUGGAGAGAGCUCUGAUGGGGUUUGGGAUGAUGAGCAAAGGUUUGAGGAGUUGGAGCUGAGGUUCUACCAAGGAUUUGAGGAAGAUGCUGCUUUUGAAUGGCCCCAGUCUCCUUGAUUGCUCUUGCCUCUUGCUGCUGCUUCCAUUUUCCAGUGGAAGGUUAGAGAGAUUCUACCAAUGCAAUUUACCCCUAAAUCUACUCUACUUGCAAUCACUGUCACUGUUACUUAGCUGCCACUUCUACUUUGCUUGGGACCUUUUAUUGAUAGGUUUUAAGGAUGUAAGCGUUGCCAUAUAAAAGUGCGUGCUUUGUAUCUUUGAUUCUCU